UUCAGUUCACUGUCACAGCCUACUCGAUCCGCUACUCGCAUACUCUAAGGAAAUUUAUUGGAGUUUCUGGUGGUCACACGUAAUUUUGUUUAAUUUAAUUAAAGAAAAAAAAUGGUCACAAUGUCAGACAAAGUAGAAAAAGUUUCCAGGCCAAUGAAAUUUCCCUACACUUUUUCUGCAAAAAUCGCACAAUUUCCUUACAGACAUUACUUCACAAACCAAUGGAUCUGGAAGUACUAUGCUCUGUCCAUUGUAAUUUGCAUUCCAGUCUUCAAAUCCAUUAGCAACUUGGCCAACUCACCUGAAAAUGUAGCGAAAUGGGCAGAAAUUCGUCGCAAAGAAGCAGCCGAACACCAUUAAAAAAUAAUUAUAAUAGUCUGUGUAGCAUUUUGUUAUAUUUAAUUCAUAAUACAAUAAAACUUCAUUAGAAACUCUGAAAAA